AUGGCAUAUUCUUCUCCAACGUCAAUGUCUUCGCCUACCUCUCCAACCCCCACCUGUGUUACUUUCGCUAAUGUCGCAUUUGAUAUCCACAACUUGGUCAAUGUUACUUUCUGCAGCCCCUGGGUGUGCUCGACUGGGUGUGAAUUCGAUUUGGGGUUUAUCGCAAGGCCGACGUGGAUAUUUCUGACAACGGCAUAUGGAAGACCGUUUAUAGCCCUCAUAUGCAUAACUCUUGUUCUUCUCUAUUUAUAUGUAGCAUUUGCUCAUUACCCCCAAUACAGAUAUAACAGACACUUUACCCGUCGCAAUGAUAAGACUACAACUACCUCGUCAGAUACCUCUAUCCUCACCUCUCAGAAUCUAAUAGUAUAUGUUCUGGCAUUUCCAUUCGCGAUCGUAUACAUAUCGCUGAGAAUUGCGUGGGAUCUGUACAAACUAUGUGUAUUCUAUUCACUGGACAUGAUGGAAUUUGCGUUAAAGCUUUCGAUUCGUGCUAUCAAAUCAGUUCCCCGUGGACUUGGCGUGCUUUGGCGAGAUUAUUUGUGGAUUGCAAUAAAAUAUAUCGUACUUGGCAUCCAGCGUAUCAUUUGGCCAAUUGUACGGGCAUUGGCGGUAACGAGUUGGAAACUAUUGAAAUUCGGAUACGACAUCAGUUGCAAAACGUGUGCAUAUUUAUGGAAUGCGAUUAAAAGAUUCAGCGUGUUUGUUAUUAAACCGAUAAUGUGGACCAUCAAGCGUGCAGUAUAUUUAUCUCGUAUAGGAUACCAUGUUGCAUGCUUUAUUAUACGCGAUGUGUUGGAAGAUGUACGUGAUAUGGUUUCCUUGGGCUGCGAUUCAGCUCGAUGGAUUUGGCAUCACACGCUUAUUCCAAUUGGCAAUUUCGUUCAUUAUGCAAGCGUCUAUCUCUGGGAGACUGGGCGAAUGUACGGGCCUAUAAUCCGAGCGUAUUUGUACAAGCGUGUGGUUAUUGAUGGAAAAAGAGAACUUACUUGGAUUGUGAGCGAAAUAUUGAGGGACCCAAUCCUUAGAUGGGUUGUUGCUACAAUUGUCAAUGCGAAACAACUCAUAUCUCAAUGCCUAUACUCUUUGGCGAUUUUGAUGAAACAAUUCAUGUCUCAAGUCCUACACCAUUUGACGAUUUUGAUGAAACACAUGUUUCAAGGCCUAUACUCUACGACGAUUUGGACGACACAACGCAUUUCUCGAGGCCUAUACUUUAUGACGAUUUUGUUGAAAAAACGCAUGACUCAAGGCCUAUACACUAUGAUCUCUUCUCUCUCUGCACUAUCUGUCGACUUGUAUGUGUCUGGUUUAUGGCUAUAUCACGAAGUUUUGGCUCCUCUAAUGCAAAUUAUUCCGGCAACUUUGACCUUGAUGCUAGAAAUCACCCACACGAUGUAUACGGGAAUAGCGGCUUUUUGCGAAUGGACAUAUUUGGUUACAAAGAGUAUAAUUGCAGUCAUUACCGUCAUUUUUAAACCCAUUUAUACGGGAUUGGUCACACCAGUCUUUUUAGGAUUAUAUAAAUUGGGCACGGUGAUAUUAUCUCAAUCGGUGGCAUUAAUCCUAUAUUCUUGGAGUCCUAUCCAAUAUUUAUUCAUAUUAUUGUAUAACAGUCUGUCAUCUCUCUUCAUUGCUAUUUCUGAACUGUCCAUUAGCAUCUAUAAGGUUAUCUAUUAUGGAAUGGUUCUCAUGAGUGAGGUGGUGAUUGGAGCAAUCACAUUUGUGAGUGGUAUCAUGUAUGCCCCAUGUAUACGGUUGGCACAGUUUGUUAAUGAGUUAUAUGGUAGAUGUCAGGUUGUUGUGGUGGAUACGGUGGCUGCUGUCUCUGGGACGAUUGAUAAUGCUGUUGUUGCUGUCGGCGACGCUAUGAUGGAGUGGGUUAAAAAGGAACAAGCGGUGAGAGAAGCGAUACGAGGUAGUACAUCGUAA